ACUGCUGCUAUUUCGAGGUGCUGACAAGAAUGCACAAAACUUUGCCAAUCAGACGCCCUAUCAGGUGUCAGUGGUAGCUGGAAAUCUAGAGCUGGCUGACAUCAUAAAGAACCACGGCACCGAUGAGAUAGUUCCGUUCCGGGAAACGCCGAAGUACAGUAACCGGCGGCGUAUGAGUGUGGCGGCGCAUCCCGGCACGCCGCAGUACGCGCGCCCGGACCGCUGGCAGGGCAAAGCUCCGAGUCCCGCGCAGUCUACACGCAGCCUCCCUCAGUUCUCGUCUGCCGGCUCGACGCUAUCGCUGUCCGACAGCAGCUCCAACAUGAACCACGCCGACGUCGACGACUCCGCGAGUUCUUACAACUCGGGCAAGAGCUCGAAUUCGACGUCGCCCGUCUAUGUCAGCCCCAAGAAGAGACUGUACCCAGCGAUGCCAGGCCGUACCUUCGUCUGUGUGAAGCCGUACCUUCCCAAGGAAGACGGGGAACUCGCCUUGAAGAAGGGCGACUUUGUUGACGUUCUGAGUAUUGGAGAGAGGGGCUUCUGGGAAGGUAAAGUUGGCCAUAGGGAAGGAUGGUUUCCCAACGACUAUGUGGAAGAGGUCCAGAUGCGGAGGAGAAAAGGAUCUGACUCGGACGACGAAGACUCUGUGAUACUCAACAAGAACACUCUGGCCGCACUGGUCAGCGGUCAACUCGACCACCAGCCGAAGACGGUCGUGCUGCAGCGCUCGAACAAGGGCUUCGGCUUUGUGCUGCGCGGCGCUCGAUCCCUCGGAGCGAAGCUGAACUUUCAUCCGACGGAUCAGUUCCCGGCGCUUCAAUACUUGGACGAUGUUGACAAGGAUGGCAUGGGUUGGAAAGCAGGACUGAGGCCGGGGGACUUUGUGAUCGAGAUAAAUGGUGAGGACGUGCGGACCGCGACACACGAGCGCGUCGUGCAGCUCAUCCAGGGGUCCGGCGAGCUGGUCGCUCUCAAGGUCAUCACGGUCAAGCUGGACCAGAACACGAAGACGAUGACCUUGCCCUUGCAACGCAAGUCCGCGCCCAAGCCACCGGCCCGCGAUCCGAGAACGUCUCUGUCGGUCGGUCGAGCGAGGGCCAACUCCAUGGUGUCAAAACUCGCAGAGAUAGAGGCGUCGAUGGCGAGACGCAACUCCGUCUCCUACGACUCGGAGGGCCGCUCCACGAAGAGUAGUUCCAUCGAGAGCCUCCAGACGGCGCUGGGGGGCGGCGAGCAGCCACGCACCGCCUCCAUCAAGGCGCGGCCGACCUCGCGCCGGAUCACCGCGCAGGAACUCCAGGAGAUAUUCGUCCGGACAGGGGGCGUCACCGCGCGAGGACGACGACGACGAAGCGCGCCGCGGCGGCGGCGACGGCGGAGCCGGCAGCAAGCAGCGGGGUCUGCCGAACCGUUACGCGCGUCGCAAGGCGUUAUACAACGGCAAGCAGUUCGCGAGCACGCCUGACCUCAAGCAGCUGCAGAGCGACGCGGUC